AUGUAUCUACCACCCCCUGUCGCCUCCAAUGCGAAUACCACCGCUACAGCUAUAGCGAUAGCUUCCUCCCUCCUCUCCCUCGCCUCGGACAGAGUAGUGGCUUCAGCACCGCAACCCCCACCCGGCGGCUGGUCGAGUCUGAUAGGGAUCGUGACGGCGAUCUGUGGCAAUAUUCUGAUUUCUUUCGCGCUGAAUGCCCAGCGGUAUGCGCAUAUUAGAUUGAGUCGGGAUCGGGAGGAGUGGGAGGAGGAAGAGAAGCGGAAGGCUGGUCGGAAGAGGCGGAAGAGACGGAGAGGGCAGGGAGGGGGUUAUGGGACGACGGGUACGGGGGCGGCGCAGAUUGAGGUGGCGGAGGAGAGGGCGAGGGUUAAUGCUCUUGGUGGUGGAGAUGAGAGUGGGGGUGGGGCGGGAGGGGAGUAUAGGCUUGAAGAGCACGAAGCUACGGAGGAAGAUGCCUUGAUCCCGCACGUGGAACUGGUGGAGCCGGAUAGGAAGGGUUCGGUGGAUAGUCAGGAUACCAUCCGCCCUGGCACUAGCAACAACAACAACAAAACCAACAACAAAAAACACGACGCUAACGACGAAGACGAAGACGAAGACGACGAAGAUCCAGACCACCACCAUCAAGAUAAAUCCUACCUCCGCUCCCCAAUCUGGUGGUCCGGCAUCGCCCUCAUGACCCUAGGCGAAGCCGGCAACUUCCUCGCCUACGGCUUCGCCCCGGCCUCAAUCGUCAGUCCCUUGGGCGUCGUAGCCCUAGUCUCCAACUGCAUGAUCGCGCCCCUCCUCCUCGGGGAACAAUUCCGAUGGCGCGACGGUCUCGGCGUCUUGAUCGCGAUAGGCGGGUGUGUGACGGUAGUCCUAAGCGCGAGCGAUAGUAAUCCCCGCCUCGAUCCCGAUGAGAUCUGGCGGCUGAUUACGCAGUGGGAGUUUGAGACGUAUUUGGGUGUGACGGUGGGGUUAAUUGUGGUGUUGAGCUUUUUGAGUGAGAGGUUUGGGAGUCGCACGAUCCUGAUUGAUUUGGGGCUGGUGGGGUUGUUUGGGGGGUAUACUGCGCUUUCGACCAAGGGGAUUGCGUCGUUGCUUUCCAAUACGAUUUGGAGGGUUGUUACCUUUCCGAUCACGUACGUCUUGCUUGCUGUGCUCAUUUUCACGGCCGUGAUGCAGAUCAGGUACGUGAAUCGGGCGUUGCAGCAUUUCAAUGCUACGAUGGUUAUCCCGGUGCAGUUUGUGCUGUUCACGAUCUCGGUUAUCGUGGGGAGUGCGGUGCUGUACAGGGAUUUUGAGAGGGAGGAGGCGGGCGAUGCGGUGAAGUUUGUCGGGGGGUGCGCGUUGACGUUCUUGGGGGUGUGGUGUAUUACUUCUGGGCGGCAGGAUGAGGGGGAUGGGGAUGAGGAGAUGGGAGAAGAGGAAGAGGAAGGUGAUGCUAUUGACUUACUGGAUGAGGAGAGGACGCAACCUGAAGUCCGAGAGCGAGAUGAUGGAGGCGCUAAACGAAGGUCGAUCAUCGCCGGAUCAUCGUCGCGAGACACGCCACAGCUACGACAUUUCCGCACCGCAGAGUCGAUCCCAGAGGUCAUCGUGACGCCCGACCUCCGCCCCUCGACGGGCGUCGAAGCCUCCCCACUGAAACUCGACCACACACCCUCACCGCAAGACAUCCAAGAUGCAACCCCAGCCAUCACCUCCUCCGUCCACCCAACCCUGACCCAAAUCCCGGCAUCCUCCACCUCAAACCAACCCCCACCCCUCCACGCCACAACCUCGGCCCCCGUAGUCCCUCGCUCCAACCUCCUCUCCUCCUCCCGGCCGCGAACACCUCUACUGCGAAACAAAUCCGGCCCAGCGAUCGAAAGUCCUUCCCGUACUUCCAACCCCCACCAACAACAAUACCAACAACCCUCCCCCUCCGCCCGCCGCUCCUCCCAAGCCCAACUCGACACCCCCACAGCCUCAGGCCCGCGCCUCCUAAGCCGGAACUCCGUUAUCGGACUCCUCCCAGGACCCCUAAUGAGUCCGCUCAGUACCUCCCUCAGCGCCAUCGUGGCGGAUUCCCUGCGUCGCGGAGUCGAUAAUCCUGCCUCCACAAUGCGGCGACGACUUUCACGUCGGAGGACGGGGACGAUGACGAGGGGGACUUCUGGUUCUGGUACUACCCCAGCGGCCUUACCGCAGAGGCAUUCUGUCGCUAGUGGGGAGAUGGAUUUCAGUGAAGAAGAUGGGGAGAGCGCUGAGGUCGUGGGUAGUGGUGCGCAGGCGGCUGGGAGUCCUUCGGCGCUUAGAAACAGGAGUCUUAGUGCGACGUGGGGGGAGAUUUUCGGGACGCCGUCGGGUGUUGGGAAGAGAGGGGUGAUGAAAGGGGGAGAGGGGAAGAGAUCGGGGUCUGAAAGCGAGGCGGGGAAGUGA